UGUAGGCCAGGACAGAAACGCUAGCUGCCUCGGCGUUUGCGUGUUGGCUUGGAACGCUAGCUUGCUCGACGUUUCUAUGUUGGGUGGAAACACCACAGACCCUGACGUUUUUAAAAGGGUCAAAUCGCGAAAUACUUUUUCGUCGAGUUUAGUUUAUGAUUAUAAACGUUGACAAGAUCAGAACAGUGAUUUCGGCCGGUGCGUGUGGACUCUGUGCGUGCGCGUGACCUACGUUCAGCGACAUGCAUCAAACUGACGAGAGACAAAUGUUUUGGGCAAACCUCGCCUCACUAUAUGCUAGCUGUGCGUGCCGCUCUUCCAUGCAUGCAGGCUUGCGCGUGUCUAGCGAGGAGGCAGUGCUUGUGCGUGUACUUGCAUGCAUGCAUGCGCACAACCCAACCCAUCAACAUCCUUCCGUUCCGUUCGCUCGGCCGGAUCCUUGUGAUGCAUUGGCUGCCGCCGUGUAUUGUGGCGGCAGGCCUAGCCGCCAUCGGCUGUGGCGGCAGGUGCCACAUGUCGGCUGCCAGGCCACAGCAUAGCUGGUUUUUUCUGUCAAUAUGAUGAGCAGGUGGUCCUUUCUGUCAAUGCAAGAGCGUAUGUGGUAUUUUUUGACAAAAAAUUCAUGAAUCAAAGGGCAUCUUUUUUUCUAUUCCUACUCAUAAGAUUUGAAAUAUAUGUCAUCUCAUUUUUUAUGACUUUACUAUUCCUACGAUUUUUUUAUCCUAUGAAUCAAAGGAGGCCUAAAUGUUUUAGCAGACUGAAGCAUCAUCAGUGCUUCUUUCUCUAAGGGCAUCUCCAUCGCUGGGCGCUUAGCCCCGGCGCCAGGUUCGUAAUCCCAGCAGAUUAGCGGUUGCUGGCUGUAAUCGUGGUGUCAACCCUGGCAUCGACGCCAAAUCACGCACCCAGCGCUUGGCCAUUUUUCUUCCAGCACUUAGCGCCUGCGUUGUUUAGUUAAUUAGCAUCUAGCGUUGAGGCAUGAGGCGCUUAGGUGUUUUUCAGAUUUUAUUAUAUUUAUUGUUUUCUUGGUAAGCGCGUAUGUAAGUUCCUAGCAUUCUAGAUGCCCUAAUGGUGCUUCUCUGUUGCCUAGGGACAGAAAGACGAUUCAAAAUUGUUAUUAUGAUUAUUAAAAAGCACCAACAGCUUCACACGGAACAGUAAACAUGACCAAGCCGACCCUUGUUUCGUAUGAAAUUCAGCAUACUCUAAUGGCUCAUAGUAUUAGUCAAAUCUACUGUAGAUAUGAAUGGCCGAAUGGAUGGAAAUCUGCUAGAAAAAAGUACUUACCACCCGAAAUCCCGCAUGUCAUCCAACUUGAAACAAAAGGGUCCCACAUGUCAUGAGAGUCAGUUUAACGUUAAGCUGUGUGGAAUCCCCCAAAGCCGAGUCGUCUUCUCCGAAAGAUCAAAUCGCCAUGGCCAGCAGCCUGCUCCUGCGCGCAACAGCGCCGGCCCGCCGCCUCUUCCACGCCGCGCGGCCGACGCGCGGAGAAGCAUGUGCUGCUGCACGGAGGCGAAUCGUCGUCUCCGUCCCGCCGCCCGCCGCGUCCGCGCCGCCGUCACCUCGACGCUCGAGCGCCCGCAGGCCUGCGCCAGCAGAUCGGAUCGAUCGGGUCGAAUCGAGCCGGCCGGCCAGCUUCUCCACGUCCACGUCGGCGCGCGCGUCCGGCGGGGAGGCGAUGGCGGGCGGCACGGAGGCGCCGCGCGUCGUGGAGGACUGCCGCGGCGUGCUGCAGGUGCUCAGCGACGGCACGACCGUGCGCUCCGCCGCGGCGCCGUACACGGUGGAGGACCGCGACGACGGCCGCGUCGAGUGGAGGGACGCCGUGUACCACGCCGCGCACGGCCUCGGCGUGCGCAUGUACCGGCCGGCGCGCCGGGAGGGGAAGGGGAAGGCGCGGCUGAGGCUGCCGGUGCUGGCCUACUUCCACGGCGGCGGCUUCUGCAUCGGCAGCCGCGCCUGGUCCUCCGUGCACGCCUGCUGCCUCCGCUUCGCCCACGAGCUCCCCGCCGUCCUGCUCUCCUUCGACUACCGCCUCGCGCCCGAGCACCGCCUCCCGGCCGCCCACCAGGACGCCGCCGCCGCCCUCGCCUGGCUCCGCGACCGGCUCGCCCCAGGGCCUGCUGACGGAUCUGGGUCCGACGAGGACGUCCGCGCCUGGCUCGCCGACUCCGGCGCCGACCCAGGGAGGCUCUUCGUGUCCGGCGACUCCGCCGGCGCCAACAUCGCGCACCACAUGGCCGCCCGGUUCGGCGCGGCGGGGCUCGACCCCGUGAAGACAGCCGGGUACGUCCUCGUCAUGCCGGCGUUCACCUCCGAGGCGCCGACGCAGUCCGAGCUGGGCUCGCGGGGCAGCGCGUUCCUGAGCCGGGACGUGGCGGAGCGGUACAACCGGCUCGCGCUGCCGGCCGGCGCCAACAAGGACUACCCGCUGAUGAACCCGCUCGGGCCGGACAGCCCGGGCCUGGGGCCCGUCGGCGGCCGCGUGCUCGUCGUCGUGGGCGGCGACGACAUGCUCAAGGACAACCAGGUCCGGUACGUGGACGGGAUGAAGGCCGCGGGGAACGACGUGGAGCUCGCCGUGUUCGCCGGCAAGGAGCACGGCUUCUUCUCGAGGGGCCCGUGGUCGGAGACCAGCGGCGAGGUCGUGCGGGUCGUCGGCCGGUUCAUGGGCAGAGACGCGGCCGAUUCAACCGGCGCCGACGGUCAGGACUAAGUAGUGAUAAACGUGCUAGUAAUCUGUUUGGCAUGCAAAGUAUCGGGCGAUGCCAUCAUUUCGAUGCUUGCAUGCUAUCAAUUUGAAAAUAAAAAAAAUAAAAAAAUGAUUUAGGUGGCUCAA